AGACGAUGGUCAGAGUGCGGGGCAGGCAGGGUCCAGACAAAAUGACAUGACGCGACUGCCUUGAUGGUUUCGACUUCUGCGACUCGACGACUGUUCCUUCCUCGCAACAACCAUGUUUUCUUUCCGAUCCAAUUUCUUCUCAAACCUGCUAUCCGGUGGCUACGGUUCAGCUCUCAAGCUCGACCUACCACCCGUCGAGUCAAUCGACAUUGAGGAAACGCCUGAGAAGCGAGCACGAACUCUCAAGCAUCUGAUCAAAGCGAAUCACAUCAACCACUCAAUUAUCUACCACCACCUGGAGUUCCACAACCACUCGCCUCAUAUCCUGGGAUCCGCCUACUUCCUCGGUGCCAAUGUCGAUCAACUACUAGAUCUCUACGAGAAAGAGUCCAAGAACCUCGAACCUUGGCAAGAUUCACCCUCUGAGAUCUCAAGACACGACUGGCGGGACUAUCUGGGAAAGAGAGAGUACCAGCGUGCAUGGAUCGAUUUUCUCGAAGAUCAGCUUGUCCAAUUUGGCUACGAUUGGCGAGAACUUCUUGACGACUUCCUCUAUUCUGGCAAGCAACCUCUUAUUAACAACCUGAUCGCUGGCCUCGCACACCCUCUCAUCCACCUUGGAUUCGCCCUCGAACUCGCUUCUCCCACCGUCGCUAUUGAAUCCCUGGCUCUGGUUGCCUCGUUCUACAACGACCAACAUGUCUACCUUGACGAUCCUUCAUACACAAAGCCUUCUCCAUGGUCAUCUCAAGAUCCUUUCGAGGUCAUCCAGAAGGUGCAUAAGGACUCUCGUUUCGAUGCCUUCUUUGAAAAGCCUGGAGAAGACAACUACACUCCCUUGACAGAGGACAAAGAGAAGGAGGCCGUUUUGCUCGAGUAUUGGAACAGCUGGACCGUCACAGAUCCCAAGGCUCAGUUUGAGGCCGCUCAACGUGCUGCUGUUGCCUUGCUGGUCGGCUCACACGAACGAGGCCAGAAGUUUGACUUCUUCCUUGUUCACAUCCUCACCAGUUCUCAUGCUGUACGCGUUAUCGCACCCUUGAUCCGUCCCACUUAUCACGUCCCUCUGCUCAGGCAAUGGUGGCUGUUCUUGCUUACCGCAUACAUCGGCCAACUUCGCCCAGCCAUUAAUAGAAAUAAGAUCUCGCAUGUGGAUCUUGCAGGUCGGGACUGGAGGUGGGUUGCUGACCGUGCUGUGAAUGGCAAGUGGGCUCAGGAUGCUCACUUUGUAAAGGCUUGUCGUUCAAUGCAAGAAGCCGCGAAGACUUGGGGUGAUGAGGACCAAUACUUCCUCAAGGCUGCCGUGAAGCUAGCCGAUGAGUUCAGUGGUUGGGGCGGCUUCAGUGCUUCUUCCGAGGAUGAAGCAGAGGCUACCGCUUCGAACAUCGGCUUUGCCGCUAGACAUCAUGGCUGAGUUGUCUUCUAAUUUGUUGUCGGGUAUCCGCAAGAGAACUUUAAUGACGAUAAUGACAGUGUGUACAAAUUUGUCUAGGUUGUUCGAAUUUCUGUGUGCAGUGAGAUAGUUCAAGGGGGAUGACUUACUAUCUCAAUCACCCUUGGAACUCUAUUGUGCUACUUCAGAGUGUUCUUUUAAUUACAAAUACUUGCAUCCAGCAUAUUAUUCUGAUUCUGCAUCUCUCUUCAGCACAUCGCCUACAAACCAGCAUGUCGACCAACGCACCCUGGGGUCCACCAAACUCUCCUCCAGCAUAUCCAGAGAAGUUCCUGGAUAAGAAGACAGAUCAAAAUGUCAACGGUACACUCUACGACUGGUACUACCACGAUACAGGUCAUCUCACCAACAGUGGCUGGCA